AUCCUCGCGGUGACAGGCGACAGCGCGGCCGCUAAUGACACCAUGGUCGACGAGUUGUACAAGAGGCUUGACAACUUUGGCGGUCAGUGUAAUCGUGCCCGAUGCUUCGACCAUGUCGUGAACCUAUGUGCGCAAUCAGUACUCCGUCCUUUC